UGAACACGAUACCGUUCCGCGUUCGUGCGUUCGUGUAGACGUAUCUUUAGUUUUUCGCUGUUAGGUUAACGUCUCGUUAAUUAAUAGAAUAAUGUUGGGGAAAAUAAAAACGAAACAGGAGAAAAGCGGCGAGAUUGUUGCAUAUAGCGAGACAGCUGUUGCAAACAACGCUGCAGUUGUAGAAUAUUGUAAGAUCUCAAUGGCAGCUUUGUCAGGUGGCACAGCAGGACUGCUAGGAUUGACUGGAUUGUAUGGAUUCGUGUUUUACGUUUUUGCAGUUUUCGGGCUGUGGGCGAUGCUGUUGAUGAAGGCUGGUGGCCAGUGGAGGAAAUAUUUUAUUAGCAGGCGGCAUCUGUUGACCAGUGGAUUCUUUGGGGGACUUUGCACAUACGUAUUAUUCUGGACAUUUUUAUAUGGAAUGGUUCAUGUCUAUUGAAAAGAGGAAAGG